AUGCCUCCUCAAAGGGCGAGGAGGGGUCGCAGGCAUGGGGGUAAUCCCAGGACUCAGGAAGAUAAGGAUCAGCUUAGGGUCCAACAACUCAUAACCGCUACACUCUAUGCCACUACUACGAGGGAGAAAAGGAGUAUUAGAGAGGAGGCCAAGACUAUGGGAGAGAGUGAGAAAUACGUAAACAUUUUUGCAAACAGUCAGAUUCAAGGUGUGGGUGUGAUCAGCUAUGCUUUACUGAAUAAAAACAACUUGCUUGCCACUUGUUUACUGGAAUAUCUUCAUUCCGACCCAAGCUCUAGGCUUCAUGACGAGGCUGGACGAACUCCCCUGCAUUUUGCUGCCAUAGGUGGAAACAUUGUUCUGAUGGACAGUCUGGUGAACACUCAUCACGUUGAUGUGAAUGCAACAGAUAAUUCAGGGUUAAUUCCAUUGCAUUUGGCAGUUUUCUAUGAUAAUACUGAUGCUCUACUUGAACUGAUGAGGCUGGGAGCAACCAUUGAGGGGAAUACUUGUUUUGGGAAGGCUAUCCACGGCGCUGCCUUUUUAGGAAGUCUUGGGGCUAUUAAAGCUAUUCACCAGGAUUUCCCCAAUGAGGUAAACAUUGCUAGUGCUGGAAAUUUCACGCCACUUAUUUGUUCCCUGUUCGGCACUUCAGUUGACUGUCAGAACUUUCUUGCAGGGGUAUCUGAUGUGGGUACUCUUCCCUUGUUCACCAAAGUGGCAUUGGUUAAAACCAAUGAGGCUGAAGCUCAUGCUCUUAUGAAAACGCUUUUAAACCAUGGAGCAGAUGUGAACAUAUUGGACCAGGAUUUUCUUGAAGAACCAGCAUUGGUCAUCGCCGCCAAAAACAAAUGGAAUCUGGUCAUCGACCUUUUAUUUGAUAGAACAGAACAGAUAGCUGGCAUAGAGGACUGGACCGUUGCAAAUUUACUCAGCCAUGUCCAGACAGAAGAUUUCUUGCAUGAGGACCGUUUGAGGAAAGCAAAUAAAGUCCAGCAGCUGCGCCCCAGAAUAAUUGUUGAACUGGAAGCUAGAAAUGUUGUUGUCGCGACCUAUCUUUGCAAGGCUUUAAAAUCUGAUAUGGAUGAAUGGGACUGGAGCAACAUCAGCAGUCUAUGCGACCUCUGUGUACAUUUUGGAAUAUCGUCAUCUGAAUAUGAAAUAACAGUGGAAUGUAUUUCUAUGUACAUGAGUGCUUAUUUCUCAAAAGAGCAAUAUGAUAAGGCUCUUUUAGCUAUAAAGGCUUGUCUUGCUCUGGAACCGGACAACCAGGAAUUCAUCAGACUCCACACAAUGGUGAAAAGGUUAUCUGAAGAGAAUACAGCGAGUACAAGUGGGCCUUCGCAGUAA